AUGUUUGACAGCAAUGGGGCCAAAGCUGAUGCCAAGUGCUACCUUGAAGCCUUGCUUUUCUGUGUGUUCGAUAAAGAUGCGGGGCCAAUCGUGCAGUGUGCUGACCCGCCAGGGGCCAGCACCUCUUUUCAGAAGGUCGGCCACUACUUGCUGCCGGAUUCCACAAUCAAGGGCCGUGUUGUCUCCAUUGUGUGCGGCGACCGGGUCAUGAUGGGUACUCCCGUAUACAUCGAGGAUGCCUUUUAUCAUCGCAACAGCUUCCAGUUCAAUAUUUGCAUGGUGAUUGACAGCAGCAAACAUCACGAGCCAUAUCGUGAUAUCGCGCAGCUUCUUGCCAUGUCUUUUCAAUCGCUGGAAACCGACACUAGAUUGCUUUCCAACCCAAGGGAUCGAAUUUCCAUCCAGGACGUUCUAGCACAGCUCCGGCAGCAAAUCAACAAUGCUGAGGAGUGCUUUGUACGCAUCGACAUGUCUCAUGCUAUAGCAUUCAAAGUCCGCAGAUGGGUUCCCGCACUCACAAAAAUCGAAGAUGACACCUUGGUCCCCGUUCCACUCAUGGACUUGAACCAGCUUCUGGCGUCUUCUCCGAGAUCGGCAGCCAAGCUGCCGGCGUUGCCUUUCAGUUUGGACCCGGCAGUGGAAGAGGUUGUGCGACUCAUUGAUGGUGUCAGCAGUGUUCAGCGCAUAGCACAAAGUUGCCCUUUGAGAAGUGACUACGUGGUCAUGAUCCUGAGGCAUUUACUCCAUUUCAAUUUGAUCCGCUUGAUCCCCGAGAUCCACAUGGAAUGCAAAUACCGACUCACGCCAGCAUACCACAUGGUGCUCGAAGAUUCUGCGACGGGGCAACAGGCAGUCCACUAUGUGACAGCCGGAAAGCGCAAAGUUGAUAGCCUAAAUGAGGAGGAGCAGGAAGCAGAAGUUCAGAAGGUCAUGGCCCUUUAUGCACUGCUGGCCUGCGAAGGCCAAGUUGUAGAGCAUUUCCAAACAGACUACCAGGAGGAGAUCAUGGAGCUCCAAAUCUCGUUGAAGCAUUUCCUGACAUGGGGCUUGCUUCAAGGAUACCUGGAGAAAGUCGAAGAGCAUGUCGGCAGCUUGAACAAGGCACAGGCUGAAGAACUCUUCCGACUGAGGACAAUCCUUAUUCCAGAAAGAAAGAAGCUGCUCAGCGAUCAGGGUCAGCCUGCGAAAGACGUCAACAAGGAUCAACAAGUCGUUGAGAUGGUGGCCCGGCUCAAAGAACUCCAAGAAAUGGAGCAGAAGUCUGGCAGUGCGUGA